GUGAGUGUCUGGUGUACACUGGAGAUUUGGUAAAAGCACAGCCACCUUGCAGGCUACACGCUUUUUAAAGAUCGCUUGGGACGGCGUGACAGACGCUGUUAUUCGCCGGGACCCCGCUGGACUGGCAGCAUUGCAAAGUACGAAGAACGGUCUUCUGUCGGAGGUAACUGGCCGUGAAUAUUGACAAGCUCCCAGUGCAAUAAAACGUUAAUACACUUGCUGCUGGAGGAGAAGCGAUUUGCCGAAACGUUUCCUCGACUGAAUACUUUGCGUCUGGGUUCACGAUUGCCGGCUGGUUUCUCUCAGCUUGAUACGAGGAUACUAAUCUGGUGUUAUUUUAGGAUGAAGCCAGAUUGGAACCACAGUUUGCCUGCUAAGAGCAGAGGAACCCAAGUUGGUUGAAUCAGCAGCGCAAAGUGAGACAGGCAUUCUGAGGGACAGCAAAUGAUGGAGCUCUACCAGCACAGCAGCCAACCCCAGGACCCCCGCCACCAUCACACCAACUCCUCCGCGGAGACCCCCUGGCAAAGGAACCAGUCUGCAGCCUUCUCCCCCAACUCCUCGUCACCCCCUGCUGAAGACAUGAUAGUUACUGCGGUGAUUGGGACACUCCUGUCUCUGAUGUGUGCCAUCGGGGUGGCAGGUAACCUCUACACCCUGGCGGUGGUACGCAGGGGGCAUGGGAGGUCCUCCUCUUCUCUGUAUGUCCAUGUUCUGAACCUAGCUUUGGCUGACCUGCUCUAUUUGUGCACCGCCCCGUUUAUCGUCUAUGACAGCUUCGCUCCAGACUGGGUCUUCGGGGAGGCCGGCUGCAGAGUCCUGUUAACUUUGGAUCUUCUCACCAUGCACUCCAGCAUUUUCAUCUUGACCAUCAUGAGCUCGGAGAGGUACGCGGCCAUCGCCAGGCCCCUGGCCACAGCCGGGAGAUCCCGGGGCUAUCGAAAAGUGGUGGCCCCUUUAGUCUGGGUCCUGUCCCUGGGUCUCACCUCUCCCAUGAUGGUCAUGGUGCAUCUCGAGGAGCGGCUCGUGGAAGACGGGAGUCUGAGGAGGAUGUGUUCCCCCACGUGGAGCGAGGAGGAUUAUAAAGUUUACCUCACGGUGCUUUUCACCACCAGCAUCCUGGCUCCGGGGGUCAUCAUUGGGUUCCUGUACGCCGGCUUGGCUCGAAUCUACUGGAGAUCCCAGACCAAAGGGAAUGUGGGUCAGGGGCAGACACGGCCUCCCAAACACAAGGUCCUGUAUAUGAUCUUCGCCAUCGUGCUGGCGUUCUGGGCGUGUUUCUUACCGUUUUGGGUCUGGCAGCUGCUGCCUCUGUACCGGCCGGAGGCCCUGCGUUUUUUACCCGUGCGAACAGAGAUUUACAUCAAUCACCUGGUGACCUGCCUGACCUACGGGAACUCCUGCGUCAACCCCUUCCUGUACACGCUGCUGACCAAGAACUACAAGGAGUACCGCAAGGGCAAUACCGGGAGUCACCACAAGGGGGCGGUGGUGGUCAUGCUGGCUUCUUAUCCCUGCAAGAGGGGGGCUGGGUUUAGCGAGGCAGGGGUCCCGGAGGCUGGGAGGGCCGGAAGUGGGAAGAUUGUGGCCCCCAGCUCCCCGACUGCUAUGGAAACCGUUAUCCACUCAUCUGGUCACCUGCAGGGGGCAGUAUAGGACAGGGGUGGUCCUGGAAAGCCACAGGACCUUCUGAUUUUCAUUUGUAAUUGACCAGUGUGCUUUAUUUUAGCUCACAGCUACUCUGGGAAGAAUUACCUCCAUGAAUGGUUAAGAUAUUCCCAGACAUGUUUUAAGGGAUGGGGGGGGGGAUUUUUUUCUUGUUUUUUUUUUUAAAUGUUUCUGUAUAUUUUUUACAUUUUAUAAACAUAUUUAAAGAUUGUAGAUAGAAACUGGCAUAUAAAUAAGAUAUUGAUAAGAUACGAAUUGCUGUGUAAAGUAGACAAAAUACGUUGGGGGUGGAAAACGUGUUGAUAAAUAAUUUUUUUUUGGGACUGUACUGUAUAUCACACAAUUUUUUUUUUUAAAUGCAUGCUGAAACACUGUAAAUUCU